CGCGAAAGCGUCGGGUGAACGUAAACCUCAGAAGUGGGCGCGGCUCCGCGUGAAUCUGCUCAAGCGUUUAGCAACAUGGACGAUGACAUGGAGGACUACGGAUUCGAAUAUUCGGAUGAAGAACCAGAACAAGAGGACGUUGACAUCGAAAAUCAGUACUAUAACUCGAAGGGAAUGAUAGAAAAUGGCACCAUCGAUUGCGCUCUGAAGGGAUUUGCUUCUGUAAUAUCGAUGGAGCCAGAAAAGGGCGAGUGGGGCUUCAGAGCCUUGAAGCAGUGUGUCAUGCUAUAUUUCAAAGCGGGUGACUUUGAACAAAUGAUGAAGUCAUAUCAGGAAUUAUUGACCUAUGUAAAAACUGCAGUUACUCGCAACUAUAGCGAAAAGGUGAUCAACCACAUCCUUGAUUCCGUGAGUAGCUCAUCAAACUCGGCGUUCCUUCAAGAUUUUUACGAAAGAACGAUUUGUUCUCUGGAGGAGGCCAAGAAUGAGCGCCUGUGGUUCAAAACCAAUUUGAAGCUUUGCAAGCUUUGGUUUGAAUUAAGAGAAUUCACUCGCGUGAAAAGCAUACUUAAAAAGCUGCACAUAUCAUGUCAACAGAACGACGGAAGUGCGGAUCAGCGAAAGGGAACCCAAUUAUUGGAGAUCUUUGCUAUUGAGAUUCAAAUGUACACGGAGCAAAAAAAUAACAAAAAGCUGAAAGAACUAUAUCAACGUGCUCUGACGAUAAAAUCUGCAAUCCCACACCCACGAAUUUUGGGCAUAAUCCGCGAGUGUGGUGGGAAGAUGCACAUGGCCGAGCGCCAGUGGACAAAGGCCGCAACGGAUUUCUUUGAGGCUUUCAAAUCUUACGAUGAAGCUGGUCAAGCAAGAAGAGUUCAGUGUCUAAAGUACCUUGUACUUGCAAAUAUGCUCAUGAGAUCAGAAGUGAACCCAUUCGAUGCACAGGAAGCCCGACCAUUCAAAACCGAUCCCGAGAUAAUGAUCAUAACGUCCUUGGUCACCGCAUAUCAGCAGAAUUCGAUAUCCGACUUUGAAUCUAUUCUCAAAGCGCAUCGUGAUCAAAUUUCGGAAGACUCGUUUAUACGUGAAUACAUGGAGGAUCUUCUGAAGAAUAUUCGUACUCAUGUGCUCUUGAACAUCAUCAAGCCAUAUACAACAAUUCAUAUUCCGUUCAUAUCAGGUAAGCUCAGGGUCCGAGAGAUCGAAGUCGAAAAUUUGAUGGUGUCCCUCAUAUUAGAUUCUCGCAUACAAGCUCAAAUAGAUCAAACCCGACAGCUAGUGGAGCUGACAGCUGAACUGGGGUGCUAUGCCAAAUCCGAGUUUCAAGGUGCCAGAAGCUGGACAACGAGUACAAAAGAACGACUGAAAGCAUUCGUGUGAAGAACACAAGUUCUGAGGAAGCCGUGAAUUGCCAAUAUUUAGCAGAUUUUUAAUUAGGGCUGACAACAACCUAGCUAGGUAUCAAAUGCAUGUAUUCUAUACAG